AUGGCACCUCGUCACCCCCUUCAACGACUGACGUCGCCCUCACGAAAUGUUUCGCUAUUGCUUCAUAUUAUCGGAAUAGCCUCUUUCAGUUACAACUUUCACUUUCUCACAGUCUGGGAUACGCCUAUAGCCAGGUCUUAUGGAUGGCAUAUGCAGUUCCUUACCAUUAUUGGCCUUUCAGCAUCACUCAUUGCCUUUGUUCUCGGGGCAUUGGCUGAUAUUACCCUGAGCCAAACACUCUUCCAGGCCAAGAAUGCGGUUGCUGUUCUUGCUACGCCCUUGGAAGUUGUCAUCUCAAUCUUGUAUUGGGGACUGAGGCUCAUUGACCCCAAGCUGCUCAUGCCUGACGACUUCUAUCUGCACAUCGUCCCUGAUAUGGGAUUUCACCUUGCGCCUGCUGUACUACUGAGUCUGGAUCUCGUCCUUCUUAGCCCUCCUUGGACCAUCCCAGCUUACGGUAUAAUGGCAAUCAGCACUGUCAUUGCCUUCGCCUAUUGGUACUGGGUUGAGCUCUGCUUUAGCCACAAUGGGUGGUAA